GGUUUCAAAAAAGUUAGGGCAACCCACCUCAUCGGCUCAUCGCCCGUUACUCUCUUUUGCGUGGAGGCGCGGCCGCAGCCAGAGACUUGUGAUUGAAAUUCUAGGCUUCUCCCCCUUCCGUCCAGCGGUUUUGUGCAAUUCUCCGAUGGAAAUUCCGGCCCCGUCCUCCCUGGAGGCGAGCGGCGGCGGCGGCGAAGAGAGCGCCGCUCCGACGAGGAACGGCGUCUCCGGCCAGACGGGGGAUGCCCUGGAGGGCGAGGGCGACGGCGACAAAGGCGUCGAGAGCGUCGCCAUGGAGAGCGACGGCGCCGACCCCGGCGCCGCGGCGCCGCAGAUCCACGAGCCUAGGCCAGAUCGGAAGACCUGCCACCAGUGCCGCCAGGGCAAAUCUUACUUCGGGGCAGCGUGCAAGGUCGAGAAAAAAUAUGGGCUGUGCAAGCUCAGGUACUGCCGGAAAUGCUUGAUUAACAGGUAUGGCGAGAGUGAAGAUGCGGUGGAGCUGGACGAUUCCUGGGCCUGCCCCAAGUGCAGGGGGGAAUGCAACUGCAGUAAUUGCAGGAAAAUGAGCGGGAAGACACCGACGGGGAUACUGUCCCAUGCCGCCAGGGCGGUAGGGUGCUCUUCCGUCCAUGACUUGCUAAACAAAGGGGACGACGAGGUGGCUGCUGCGCAGAAGCUGGUAACCCCGCUGACGGCUAAUCGCACCUCAAAGAAGAAGCGAAACAGGGAUGUUGCGACAGAUGAUGCUACUGGUACCAAUGGAUUACUGGCUGAAGGGGAUGAUCAGAAUGCAGUUUCUUCUGUUCCUACCAAGAAGAAGAAGAAGGUUAAAUGCACAGUAGAUAACCGUCCUGCUGAUGACAAGUCCCUGCAGGGAACUGAGAGCCUUUGCGCUGUUGAGGAGGAAAUUGUGUUACCCAGGGGCACUCCUAUCACUAACGUUGCGGGUGCAGACCUGGAGGAGGAAGAUGUUGGGCCUGCACUUCAGUUUUAUGAGUUUUGCCGCUCAUUUGCUGAGUUUUUCCAUCUAAGGAAGGGGGAACCAGAAAAAAUUCUUCAAGAAAUCUCCGGAGGCCGUGAACUUCGAGUGGUGGCCUCACUUAUUGCUGAGCUUCACAUAAAGCUGUUUUCUAUUAUCAAACAAGACAGAGGGGAGAAGCCUCCGAAGUAUUCAAGAGAUGGAGAUCAAUGGAUAAUUGAUAUUGGCAAAUAUAUUAGUGGGUCAACCUUUAUCUCAAAGGAGUUGCCUCUUGACUGUUUGAAUCAGGGAGUAUCAGGAUAUAAGAUUUUGAGCCCUUCUUAUAAGCUACAUGUGCUGAAUUUUUUGUGUGAUGAGACUCUUUCUUGCGCAAAGUUGAGAAACUGGAUUGACAAAAAAAACGAAAAGGCAUCUGAGAGAAAGAGUGUUGCCAAGGAAAAAAUCCGUGCUGCAAAUGAGAAGGAAAGGGAGCUAAAAGGAAGACAGAGUGACAUGGCUAAAGAUGCGCUUUUCAUGGAAGGAGAAACUACUACCAUCAUGGAGACUAAUAAUCUCAUUUCUGAAGUAAAGGAGGCAAAUGAAGUCAAAAGAGCAGCUACAAAUGGAUAGUACCAGAGAAGCUUCCUGACAACUGGGCAAUGUGUGGGAAAAGUAAUAUUGUAUUAUUUGUUUUCCUUCUAUACUAUGAAACAGCAUUAUUUUCUCGUUUUUAGUGAAUCUGGAGUCCACCCUGGUGAACAGAGAAACUCGCCAAAUUGUUCAGUCAGAACUUUAAUAACUAUGGGUACAGUUUGCUAGAAUUGCGAUAAAUUCAUCAGAAGAUUUUCAAGGAAGCAACAUGUUUGAAUGCUGAUUAAAAAGAUAUGAAGUUUUUGUUCCUUUCUUUUUUUGCGCCAAAGCUUUGAGUAUCAUCUACUGAAAGAAAAGAGUUUUGGCACAUCACGAUUACAAGAGAACCGUCUCACCCGUGCCAUACAAUAGAAUCACUCUCUCGGUAGGAUCACAGUCAGGCCUACCCCACCAGCUCUACCUCAGGUCCUAACCUAAUCCUGGAUGAGCAGGACCGAUCUUCUUACUUCUGGAAAACAUGCGCUGAAUGUGCGGUCUUUUCUUAUUGAUAUGAUGUAAAAAAAUCCAUAUUAAUUUUUGAAGGGAAGAAGUCUACUCCCUUUCGUUCCAAAAUAUAGGGCGUCCAUUGGAAAAUUCUUUCAAAUGCAAAUUCAGUGGAAUAGUUUUGGUGUCACAUAUUCCACAUAAUUUGUCUAACUGAUGGUCAAAGUUAACCUCAAAAUAUGUGGGCGCCUUACAUUUUGGGACCAAGGGAGUAUCUCUUUAUAUGCAAUAAUAAUUUGAAACGGGGCAAGCAUGUUGUAUCUUUAUUUUGAAACAGUAUCUUUAUUCUGAAACUUACUUAAUCUUACCUUGACAGCGUUUAGUUGUACAUAGAGAAGAGUUUGAUCCUAAAAGAAAGCAUGCUUGAUGACUAUUAAUGCGGUUCUACUGUUUACGAAGUUCAAUAAUUAACUUUUACUUGAGCUUUUUUAUUUCUGUUGAUCCCCUUGGUUAGUAAAAUAAAUGCUUUGGUCCUAGGCUCUUAGCAUUUCAAACAUAGCACCUUUAUUUAUAGUAAAGAGUGAAGUUACCAUCUGCAACACUGCGGUUAUUAUAUAGUAACUGGGCCUAGUUUGUUGGUGGAGGCGUGAAUAGACCCACUACCCAGGUUUUAGUCUCCUUCGAUUCAACUCAAAUUGGGUGAUUUCUUGUGCUUCAAGAAAAGAUACAUAGUUCAACCUAGCUAUUCUUAU